ACAUUCCCAUGUUGUCUAGAAAGGCUGAAAAAGUAGCUUCAAUUUCUUUAGUAAGUUCUGCAGUAAAUAUGUAUAAUUCUGAUAGAUCAACAGCAUUAGUUAAAUAAAUUCUACUAUUUAGUAAACUAGCCAUAUCCCAAUAGGAAAAGCUGUGUACCUCUGAGCUGGCUGCAGGUUAACAUGAGGCUGACCUGCUAGGGCUGCCUGAGCUGUGAGGAAUAGUGUUGUGGAUCACACAGCAAGCAUAGACAGUAUUACUGUGCCCACAGGCCACAGCAGCACAUGUGGUACAAGAAGUUAUUCUGUGCUCUUAGCAGAUCCCAGGCAGCCUGUCAGCACUGGAGGGCUGUCUCCCAUGCAGUGUUUCUGGGGAGCACUGUAUGACCCCGAAUGAGGGAGGCACCCAAAGUUCCUCAGAAUGCUCAUUAAGGUCACUGUGCUGAUAACUGAUCCUCUCUGCCGGUCCCAGCAUUGAGUCAAAUUAAGCUGCAGAUUGACCUUAUCAAACUUCAGGAACAGGCAGAUUAAGCCUUAUCUCAGGACUUUCAAAAGACAAGGGUGAUUGGGCUUUUCUGUGUUCAGAAGUUUUUCUGGGAUAGGAUCCUUUUGGCUGGGAAUGGGAUUGAUCCCUGCUGUCAUCCCUGGGAGUUCUCUGUCCAUCAGGCAUGGCACAAACAGGCACAGGUACAGAUGUGAGAUCCAGUACAUCCCUUGGGGUUUUGCACGUUCCUUGGUGCUGCUGGGGCCUCUGUCUGUUAUGAGCCAUGAUGCCAUAGUCACAUGUUUUAUUACCAGCAAUUAGGGUUAUAGCAAAUUACAAUCACAGGAUCAUUUUAAUACUUGACGUGGUCCCUCACUUUCCUUGCUAUUAUAGGCAGUUGAGAGGAUUUUUAAACCUCAUUUCUGUCUACAUUUUGGUUGUUUGUUUGGGGAUUUUUUUUUUAAAGGAGCUAAUGAUGGUUGAAGAUUGAGUAUCUUCUUUGUUUGCCUGACUGUGUUCUGGAAGUGAUUACCACUGCCUAUUUCCUGCACACUUCCUGCUCUUUUGAGAAGUCCUUUGCCUUCAAGAUUCAGAGGCAAGGGCUCUAGUGAGGUGAGAGAAAGAGAAAAAGAAAGUCAAAUCCUUUAUUUUUCCACAGGCCAGCUUGUUGAGUUAUCAUGGCAGGUGACCUUGACAACUUCUGUGAUCUGGUUCUUGUUUGAUUUUCAUCUUUCUUGGAGUUGUGUCACUCUAAAUUAAAUUCAGACUGAGCACUGUAUAUUUAAUUCUCACUUAUCUUUUGUCCUUUAGCUGUAGCUAUCUUUAGAGCUUUAACAGAGCUAGUCUGUAUCUGGGUGCUCUUUGUCUGAGUAUAGGUUAUAGUAUAAUGUUAAUGUGGGUGUUUGUAUCAUAAAUGCAGCACAGACUUUUGAUCAGUUCUUGUUUCAGCUUCAGCUCUUACCUCCACUUUAAGAGCAGUUACUUCAACAUGAGUUAUAGGACAGGGUGUAGCUUAUUUGCUUAUUGUACUCUGCUGAGACUCACCCUGAGUUUGUGCAGUAAUGCUCUGAUCACUAUCACCCUGCAAUCAUCCCUUAUUGCUGCUUCAUUACACUACAUGUCAGCAAAGCAAGAGAUGAGAGAGCACUUGUGAUUGACCCAUUUUCCUCUGAAAAAAAGGCUGGACCAGCCAGGGCAAUUCAUACAUAAGUAUGUUCAUACUCCAGCUGUUGUGAAUACAGUAACAGGCAAUAUUAGUUACCAAUAUCUCCAGAGAAAUAGAACUCACUUCCUUAUUGCAUCCUCUGGAUUUUUAUUGCUUUAUCAUGCUAUUGCCUCAUGGUUUCAGUUUGGAGCAUUGUGCAGCACAGCAGUUGGCAGCCUUCUAGCUGGGUUAAGUGUUAAUUCAUUGCUUCACACCUGUGAUGAGGAGAUGACUUUCAAGAAAAGACAGAGGGUGAAUGGGCAGUGUUUUGCUAUAGGCUUCUCUUCAGGAUUUGGUAUUCUGCUUUCAUAUCUAUCUCAAGCCUGUUGUGUCAUAUCAGAUGGAAUAUCAAAUCUUCCUUCUCAAUUUACCUGUCAGUCAAAAGAUAAUAAUAAUAAUGUAGGAGAGAACCGUAGGAUUUGAUAAGUUGUUCUUCUUAAGACUGCAGAGUUUCAGAAUGAAGCUCUAACCUGUAGUCACAUUCCUGUGUGCUAAAAUACAGUAUGGAAAGUGCCGCAUAGAGUGGGAGUAGAUGGGGAACAGACAGCAGUCACUCAGCAGCUAAAAGAGCUGCUGUACAGUUCAAGCCAUUUGGAUGUUCUCAAUGCUGCUUUUUCUUACUAUGAACUGGUAGAUCAUUAACUUCUUUUGAGAUGUUUCUGUUCUGCUUUGGCCACUGAUACUUGAAAGAAAGAGUUAUUGUUCCAGCUCAGGUAUUGAGGCAACACAAGUUGUUACAGACCAGCAACUGAAUAAAUGCAUCAUUUCACAGUAGUUGGAAGCUGGUUGUGUUUGUGCACACAGGCUGAAGGGAAGGCGGUGCUAAUAACAGGCUGUGACAAAGGUUUUGGACAUGCCUUGGCAAAAUGCCUUCAUGCAAAGGGAUUUACUGUUUUUGCUGGAUGCCUGCUCAUGGAUGAGAAUGGAGAAGGAGCCAGGGAGCUGAGGAACAUGAAGUCAGACCGGAUGAAAGUGCUACAGAUGGAUGUGUGCAGUGACCAGGAGGUGGCUCAAGCCAUGGAUUUUGUGAAGAGGACCCUGAAGGAGCCGGAGGAAGGUCUGUGGGGCCUGGUGAACAAUGCUGGCGUCUCAACCUUCGGAGAGGUGGAAUUUGCAAGUUUAGACAACUACAAGAAGGUGGCUGAGGUCAACCUAUGGGGCACUGUGAGGGUGACAAAGGCUUUCCUGCCCCUCAUUCGCAGAGCCAAAGGCCGUGUGGUGAAUAUCACAAGCAUGUUGGGACGCAUGGUGAGUCCAUCUCGCUCCUGCUACUGCGUUUCCAAGUUUGGGGUGGCAGCCUUCUCUGACUGCCUGAGGCAGGAGAUGUACCGCUGGGGGGUCCGCGUCAUCCUCAUUGAGCCCAGUAACUUCGUGGCAGCCACCGGCAUCCUGACAGCAGCCGGCAUCGACAGGCAGGCCGAGGCUCUGUGGAGUGGGGCCACCGACACGGUGCGGGAGGACUAUGGCAGAGAGUAUUUCACUCACCACGUGGCCACGAUGAAGUCCUUUGUGAACAGUGGCCUGAAGGACAUGUCUCUGGUCUUGAAUGACAUCACUGAAGCGCUCACAUCCCCGUGCCCGAAGAACCGCUACAACCCCAUGGAGACCUACUGGUGGGUGAGGUUGCAGGUCAUGACCCACCUGCCUACAGCCAUUGCCGACUGGCUUUACAUCCCUGGAGCCACCCUUUAAACAGGCAUCCUUCAGGCAUCCCUCCAGGGCUCCUACUCAUGCACAGGUUAGGGCUGACCUCUGCACUCCUUGCUGCUGUGUCUCCCCUGGAGAUGCAUGUGCUUCCACUUUGAGUUAUGACUUGAAGUCGUGUGCUGUGGAAUGUUAGAACAGCAUGGUUUUGGGGUUCUUUUUCCUCAUUCUUGUUUGUAUUUCUUGCUGUGCUGAUUAAAGUUGAAAGGUGUUUUCCUUUUAACUAUGGAGGAAGCAGAGGAAGGUAAAUAUAACAUGUCAAAUAUAUGGCUAGUGUAAUUAGGUCAGCAGAGUUCCCCCAGUGAUAAAUUUGGCUUAUUAAUGUCCUUACAAGGACAAACUGCUAAUAGCAGAGCAAAGCUGUUGCUAUGAGAUGGCUUGAAGGGAGAAGCUAAAAUGGGAAACAAAAGCAGAAUUUUCCAUUUGGUUGAAAAUGGGUCAGUCACAGCCUUCCAUUUUCCUGAUACUGCCAAGAAGCUCUGCUGUGCUGUGAGUGUCUGCUCUUUCCAGGGAAACAGCAACACUGCCUCUAAACAGCCUCAUUACCUAGCUGCAAAGAAGGGUUCUUCCCUCCCAGCACUGUGGCCAGGAGGUGCCAGAGCCAACAACUGGGCACAACACAGGCAGUGAAAUGCCCUUCUAAUAAUGAGGUCUCAGCCAUCUCUCAGCAGCCCCUCUCCACCUGCCACUGCUGAGCUUUGUGUGGGACAGGGUUUAAGCUGUAGCAAACAAAUUUGGCUUCUCUGACUACUACUUUAGGUGUCUGAACUACUCAACUGUGAUACAGAUGUCCAGCUAUCCCCUUGCUUUCCUCUGGCUGCUGAAGGAGCAGCUGUUGGGUUUUCCAAAUCAGUUUUUUGAUUUAUCCUCUGCAUUUGAGCAGUGAUGAGGCACCAUGCAGCUAGUGUGGCCUGACUAUGAGCUCUGGAAGGAUACUUUAAGAGACACAUUUCUUAUUUUUAAUAUUUCACAAUGAAAUCUCCAUGUCACACAAUCAUCUCUGAGAAACUCUUGAUAACUGAUAUCAGCUACUCUUGCCUAGUAUACCAAAGGGUCUCUUCUGUUGGCCAAGUACAGGAUUUCAAUGUUUUCCAAGUGCUGUGGCUCUCUGGCUUCAUGCCCCAUUCUUUGUGUUCCAGUGGUGACAACUGAUGUAGCAGCCAGUGAGCUGCAGGUGCUGCUGGCUAGGCUGGGACCUGAGCCUCUUACCCUAGGGACCAGCUUUUCCUUCCACUGUUUUGCUUUAUGUGAGAUUAAGUGGCUCUGAAAAGAGCUUAUUGAUUAAAGAGCUCUUUCUUCAUCUGUCUUUACUAGCUCUGACUCAAAAACUGUGCCUUAAACUUUCUGUAUGCCACUGGCUGCAGAUUCUUGGAGUCUGCAUGCAGCCAUGAAUGCUGUGAUGCCUGCAGGAGGAAAGCAGGUUUCCCUUGGAGAUGCUGUCAAGGCAGCUUGUGUUACAAGUAACAACUGCUAAAAACACUACUGUGAAGUUUAUGUCUUUUCCAGAUAAUCUGCACAUAGAGAUUUCCUGGGAUGCAGGACCCAGAAGGAUCCCACAGAACUGCAGCUUAAACAGUAAUCACUUCUGCCCCUUGCACUGUGAAAUGUGAUUAAUGUUAAGUAGCUCUGAUUUGCACAGAGAAAAAAAAUAAACUGUGAGAUUUUUAAAGCAUA